GUUUAGAAUAGUUUUAAUAAAGCCUACGCAAAAGUUCAAGUAAAUACGUUCUUAUAAAAGUGAUUAUUUAAUAAAGAAUAAUAAUAAAUUUUUUAUUUCUAUUUUUUUUUAUCAUUCACUACUGAAAAGAGAUAGUGAUGACACAUUUUAUCAUUUAAGAUUCUUUAAUUAUUGGUGUUAUUGUCAUUAUUAUCAUACUAAUAUUUUAAAUAAAAGGUUUAAUGUAUUAAAAUUCUAUUAUAAUCAUAAAAGAAAUAAAAGAAUCACGCUACUUUUGUUUACUGGUCAAUUAAUUAGUAAUUAAUAUGAAUGAAAAUGAACCAACUAUGUUAUUGAAUGAAGCUACAUUUUUAAUUGGAAAAAAUUCUUUCAAAAUUGAACGAUCCAAUGAAGAUGAUUAUGUUAAUGAGAUGAAUCUUAUAGGCCAUAAAAUUUGUCAAAAUGGUAAUCAUAUUAAUGGUAAUGAUAAUUAUGAAGUAGAUGAUAAUGAUGAUGUUGAUGAUUAUACAGAAUUACAUCAUGAUUUAAGUACAGUACAUGAAUUAGAUUCACAUAGUAUAGAAUCUGAACAAACAAUGAAUACAACAAGAGUGUUAACCAAAAAAAUUACAACAACACCUAAUGGUAUAAUACAUAUAUAUCAUACUGAUAAUUCACAUAACAAUAAUUCUAAUAAUACAACAAGACAUCAAAAACAUAUAAAUAAUUAUGUUGACAAUGAUGAAGUAAUUGAUGAUAUGGAUGAUGAUAUUAAUUGUGAAGAUCAAUCAAUUAAUGAACUUGAUAUAACGGAUGAAUCAAUAUAUUAUGAACCUUAUUCUAGAUCACAAAUUAAUGUAACAUUGGGAAAACGUAAUCAGCUUAAUGAUACAUUAAAUAAAAGAUCUAGUAAAAGUCAUACAACAUUGAACAAUGCCAAUUGGAAAGUGUUAAAGCCAAAUAAAUCAAAAGAUUAUGUACUAGCUGUCUCACCACGUCCUCCAUUACCAAGAAAUAUACAAACAUAUAAUCAUGGUUAUUAUCCAAGUAGACGUGAGCAUUCACAUGCAAAUGAAUUCCAUAGUAAUGUUAAUGGUGGCCGUGAAGGAAUAGGAGGUGGUAACAAUGGUCCUUUUGAUUAUUGGACUAUUCCAAGAAAUUCUCAACCGCAUUACAAGAUACGAAGUUCAGAGAAUAAAGAAUUUUAUAUGCCUGGGAAUUUAUUUCUAAAUGAAAAAUCUCUACCACGUUCAAGACGUAAAGGUCAUAGAAAUGUUAGAGAAAAAAGUGAAGCUAUACUCAGUGGAUCAGGUAACACUGGAAAGCAUCAUAAUCGUCGAAAUUCUGCCAAACCUUCUGACAAGGUGGAAAGUACUGGUUUAACACAAAAUAAAAGUGAUAUACCAAAUGUAACUGAUUCAGAGAAAUGUCGAAGUGAAUUAAAAGUCUAUUUUCGAUUUUCUCGUGGAACUCUAAGUGAUCCUUUCACAUUUGAUUAUUUAAAAAAUAAAGAAUUAUUAAUACAACUUCAAGCACGUUGUCGUGGAUGGAUUACACGAAGUAAAUCUUCUAAUCAAAGGACUGAAGAAAAAGCAGUGAGAUGUAUUCAGAAAAAUGCAAGUAUUAUGCUUGAUCCUUGGUUUCGUCUAAUGUUGGCCUUAAAACCAUUAAUUCGUACGCAUCGCACAGAAGAGGAAUUGUUAUUCCUUAGAAGUGAAUUAGAAAGAUACAAAGCACUAGUUCGUAUGUUACGCUUCGAAAAUGCGGAAUAUCAAGCAAGAGUAGCAAAUCUAGUACAGUUGUUGGAACAAAUGAGUACAAAUGUGUCAAACGCAUCUACAGUGCAAAGUUUAGUACAACAGAUAUCAGAAGCGCUGAGUAAAAACCAAGAGUUCUGGCAGACGUUAGCUGCUGAUAACAAGGCUUUAAAUGCAUUAGCUCCUCAGAAGCCUAGUAAUUUGCUUGAAGUUGAGCCGUCACCCCUAAAUCCCGGAUCUCCAAUGACUAAACUGAAAAAUGAUGCGGAAUUUUAUCGUGAUCAAGUUGAACUAUUACGUGAGGAGGCAGAUGAACAACAAUUACGUUCUGCUGAACAUUAUAAAAAUCAAGUUCGUGUUCUUGGUGAACGUGUAGAGCAAUUACAACAUAUUUUAGCCUUAGAAUCUAGUAAAGUUGAACGUUUGAGCUCGGAACUAGAAGAGAAAAAUUCUACAGAAGCUGAAGGUAAAGCAUAUGUGCGUAAUCUUGAACUUAUGGUGAAUCAAUUAAGUAAACAAUUAGAACAAAGAAGUAAAUUAUUAGCGAAUGGAGUUGGUAAUGAUGAAAAUGAACAAAGCCAAAAUGAUGAAAAAGACGUGAAGACAAAAGAGCUAAUUACUGAACUACAAAAUGAACUGGCUACACAUCGUGAUUUAGUUGUUAAACUCAGAGAAUAUUUAUCAUCACAUUCUGAUGUGUCUUCACAACUUGAUAGUAAUACUCAAUGUGCAUUAGACUUAUUGAACUCACCAAUUCUAAUUGGUAAAACAAAUUUAAAUCAACAGCAAGCCCAACAUUUCUUUGGAUCAUCUAGAACACAAUCUAGAGAGGAAGUGAAUGAUUUAACUCCAAGAAGCAAUACAUCACAUCAAUUAGCAGAAAUGAAAAAACAAUUGGUACUUAUGCAUAAACAGUUGAUUGAAUCAGAAGAUACCGUUAAACAAGAAGCGGAAAAUCGGGAAGAACUAGAAGCUGAAAACUUUAGUUUAUAUGAUAAAAUAUCUAUACUGGAUAGACAAUUACGUCAUAUACAAGAUGAAUACGAUGAACUUGUUAAGAAAGAAAUGAUUAAUCAACGUACAUUAAAAGAUGUUCAAGAACUUCUAGAUGAUGAAUCAAGAAAGCGUACAAAACUUGAACAACAAAAUAAAGAAUUGGAACAACAAUUAGCUGAAUUACGUGAUUACAAUGAACCAGAAGAUGAUUUAGUAACCAGAGAGUGGGAAUCCAUCAAAUCAAAAUUACGGGCUGAUGCUAUGUUUUAUAAGAGGAGUUUAGAUCAAUUACGAGAAGAAUAUGACCAAUAUCGUAUUGACAACGAUCCUGUAUCCAUGCAAAGACAAUUGACAGAAAAAGAAGAAAAAGUAAAUUUGUUAGAAAAGGAAAAACAACAAUGGCGUAUGGAAUUGGAUAUACAAAACGUAAAGCUACAAAACGCUACUUCAUUAUUAGAGGAUACCGAAUUGCGCCUAAAAAUGCUGAAUAGAGAACGUACAGCCCAAAUGCAUCGUAUGUCCCAACUUGAAACAGAAAGAGAUGAAUUAAUUAGACAAGCAGCUACAAUAACAGGUAGAGCUGCAGCUGAUAGGGAAAUGGCUAUUGCUAAAUUACGUGAAAUGGAUGAAUUACGUUCAGAAAGAGAUAUUUUAAGAAAAGAAUUGACAGAAGUAAAACAAGAACUUGCUGGAAGUACAGCUGAAAAUGCAGCUGAACGACGUCAAUUACAAGCACGUUUACGUGAAACAGAAGCUCACAAUGAAGCACGUAUUUCAGAUAUUAAAUCUGAAUUGGAAAGAGUUCGUGAGGAACUAGAACAACUGCAAGUUGAAUUGCAAACGACACAAGCAUCAGAAAUGGAAUUACGAAGUGUUAAUCAACAUCAAAAAUGGAAAAUUCAUGAAUUAGAGGAUCAAGUUAUUCAUUACACUAGUCGUAUUUCCGGUUUGGAACGUCGCAGCAUCGAUUUAGAUGCUGAAUUAGUACGUGCAAAAGCCGAUUUAAGCGCUUCACGUGAAACAGCUUCAUUAAGACGUGCAACAAAAACCCGUAUGGCAGAUGAAUGGUUAAAUAUAUUAGAUAUUCCAACCGAAACUGAAGACUAUGAUGAUGACGAUGGUUAUCAAAGAGAAGUCAUUUUGUUUAAAAGAAGAAGUAGACAAAAUAUUAAUGACACAAGUGAUGAUUUGGUAAAACAAAGAUUAAGAAUUGGUCAAUCAGAAAAUGAUCUGUUAAAAAAUGAUUCUAAAGAGUAUAAAUCAAGUAAUCCAAUUUUAAAAGAUUCUAGAUAUCGAUCAGAAAGUGUUCUAUCAAAUAUUGGUCGAAUAAAUCGAAAAUCCACAAUUCGUUCAGACAUCAAUGAUACAAGAAGUAAAUCAUCAAACAAUUUAAAAUCGAAUGGAUUGAAAUCUUCAACUAAUUCAUUACAAACUGAAUUUCAAGAAAAAAAUGAACUUUACAACAAUGAUACACAAAAAGAGAGCAAAGAAUAAAGAGAGAAUCACAUAUAGUAAUCAUUAUUAAUGGAGAACAUAAAAAAAGAAGUAUGGAUUCAACCUGUAUAUACAUCAUUCAUAUUACCCAUUAAAGAUAAAUGAUGAUGACUGAUUUCUUCUCAAAGAAUAAAAUUGAAUAAAUGUUAUGUCUUCUGGAAAACAAAACUAAAAUUCAUAGCAAACAAACAAAUCUCCAAUGAUAUUUUAAGAUGUUACAUAAAAAAAUAGUCUGAUUUUAGUGAUAAAGUUUUGUAAAUGAUCUCCAUUUAUUUAUCAAAUUACAUUCAUCAUAAAACACAGAUAUCAAUAAUCAUUAUUUUUUUCAGAUCAAUGAAAAAUACAAUAACUUUAAGCUGCUCAGACAUAUUUUACAUUUACUUUAUGGAUACAUAUACGUGUGACUCCUUAGUAUCAUUCAAUCAUUAAAUAUUGCAUACUUUCUUUAGACAAGUAAUACAAAUUACCAUUUCUCUUGAAUAUAGCUCUUUUUUUAAUUAUUUCAUAAUAUGCUGUUGUUUACUACAUACAACAAUGAUGACAUUAUUCAGGUAAACAGUAUAUAUAUAUAUGUUCGUUUGUUUGUGUUUAUUGUUUCCUUUGCUAGAUGUACGUUUCUUCUUAAAAAAAAAACUUUUAUAGCGAAGAAACAAAACAAUCACACAUGUACUGUGAUUCAUAUCAGAAAUAUGUAAUUACUUUAAUUGGUUUAUAUGAUUGAUCAUUUAUAACAAACAAUUAAUUAUUAUUAUUUUCUUAAUUCAUUUUUGUAUUCACAAUUUUUUGGGGGAUAUUAGUGAUUACAUUAACAAUAUAAAAUAACAAUAAAUGCAGACAAAGUUUUAGUAUUUUGUUAGAUAUUACUUAUAUGGAACAAGUGAUAUAUAUAUAUAUAUAU